AUGGCGGAGUUCAGAAAUUAUAUCUGCAUUGUGGUACUUUUUUGCGUUGUUUCCCGCACGUGUAACGCGCAGGCUGUGAAUGCAUGCCCAAGUUACGCGUGCAAUCCACGUGGGUCAUAUUCUUACACGCUCAGUUACCCCAACUCAUCUCAGAAUGCUUACAUUGCAUGGAAGUCGAACUUUUCCAUUGGACCUCUACCGAACACCCUGGGCUGUGUAGGUAACCCGAACAACAUCGUGUGUCAGUCAAAUGGACUCAAGAACGUAGGCUAUAUCAGCCUAGAUGUAGGGACUGGAUCCUUGGCCUGGGCUAGCAGUCUUCUACGAUUUCCUGUCCUUCCCGUUAUGGAUAUAUUCGGUGACAUCAUAGGCACGGACGGCCAUUAUCUUGUGAUGAUUGAAGACAGCGGUAAAAUGUUGCAGCCGAUUAAAAUAGAGGACGUGUUGUUCCCUAUGUAUAGUCUCCUGAUAUCGGCCAAUAACUUGGUUCUGCUGGUGUCCGAGAGUGGAGCUGUCAUCGUAUACGAAACAGAGGGUAUACCGGAAGCUUCGAUCUGGCUGACUGGGACAGUUCAACGGGCAAAUGGAACCUUUCUUCCAGUUGCAGCACCAAUCCUACACGAAAAUAGAUGUUACAUUCUCACAGAAUUUAAACCAGACGAAGGAAGUCCCGGAGCUAAUGACCCAGCCGUCCUGGGUCUACAGAGACUCUACGCCAUAGACAUGUACCAGCGAAUGGUUGAUCGUCUACACAUCACGUGGUACUUUAACUUUGAACGUGAAACCGGAAGUCGUAAUCAGUUCCGAGAAAGAGUCGGAGAUAAAUUUGUUGUAGAAAUGGAUAUGGACGAUGGUAUAAAUAUAUCUAAAGAAAAACAAGAUGAAAUGAUACAACCGUCUUUGAUGUUUAAUGUUGAAACAAACACUGUCAUGGUGAACCUUCCUCCUCCAGAGGGUUCGAACGCGGGGCCAACACUAUGGGGACUGAAAGAUGACGGAGACACCGCUUCUCAGCUCUUUAGAGUUACUGCAGGAUUGAAACAGAUGGCCAUGUUCGACACAAGCACGAUGGCUACUGGACGUUCUUUACCGGAAUUAACAAAACAUAGACCGGACGUACUUUCGACAGGUGCAUUUGGUCCUUUCCCACACAGAAGAAUUACUUCUAAAGAAACCGGCACAAGUGUUUGGGCCAUUUUGACGGACUUAGCGUCGGUUGUGCAGGUGUCUCCAAUGACUGGGGCAAUACAAAAAUCCAUCGAUGUGUCCAUGCUUCUGAAAGUGCAGAAAGCUCAAGUCACGUCAAAUCUCAUGGUUGCGAGAUCAUCCGGUUCUAAUAACGAUGUUUUGAUUUUCGGUGUUGAAGUAUCUACCCCUCCUCCAAAUACAAAGGAAGCACACGCCUUCGAAUCUCUGUGUAAAGAACACGGGCUUCCAGUAGAUCCUUCCAUAUCAACCUUUGUAUUGGGAGUUUCCGGUACGGAUGGACAAUUGAUAUGGAUGGUUUCAUUGCCGGACGGUUUAAAAGCAGGAGGACAGAUAGCAGGAAUACCCCUGACUGGUCCGGAAAAUGACGAUCUGAACGAUAUAUUAGUUGUAUUUGCCGGGGACGACGAAUCCUCAACAAUUUUAGCAAUUAGUAGUCGCUAA